AUGCUUGUCUCUCGCUGGAGCGUUGCGCUCACGCUGGUCAUGAGAUUCAUGGUAGCUUCCUCAUCUGUCCCCGGUGCCUCCUCAAACCAAACCUCGGGAGCACGCCCUACAGACACUACUCGAGCGCCACGCGCCUCGCAGCUUGACCUUCUCCAUAUGGCUGACGUCGAGGACCUGAAAGAAUCUGGCGAGAGAGCUGGAGAUACCACUGACAUUCUCGAAAUGGCCAUGGUGGCGUUCGAGGAGCACGGGACGGCUCCUGCGCUGAAGGAGGCCACACCCCAAGGGACGGGACAAUCGAGCUCAACUACGCACGAAUUGCUCUACGAGCUGUCCUUAAAAGACCUUCUCAAGCGCCGCGCAGCAAAGGACCCCAAAUGGCUGCUCUGGAACAAGCAUGCUUUCGUCGCGACUUUGGCAUCAGAAACUAUCCGCUUCAGAGGCGGUGUGGAUGGGACGUAA